GUGGUCACGUGACGUGUUCUGCUCGCGCCACUUCCCCAAACAAACGCCAGUUGGAGCAGUAGUUGUCGUUUCUGUCCCCGCAGAGAAAGUAAAACCUACAGAGGUGUCGACCUCUCCGCACGCCAUGCCGAAGCUGCUAGACGGAAUAUCUUCCUCUUAGAAAGACGAAUCACUCUGUGACAGCAGCUGGGGGCGUACCGGCCAAUGCGAGCACAUCAUGGUGGAUGUAACCAAAUGGCCCAUUUUCAGCCUUAUGGCGCCGGAGGAGCUCCCAUCAAUAAGGAAGGCCUGCGUGUUUGGCUCGUCUGCUAACGAGGCCAUCUACAUCACCAAUGACGACGAGAUCUUUGUGUUUGGGCUGAACUGCAGCAAUUGCCUGGGGACGGGGGACAGCCAGAGCACCAUCGUCCCCAAGAAGCUGGACUUCCUGAGCGGCAGGAAGGUGGUGAGCCUGAGCUAUGGCAGCGGGCCCCACGUCCUGCUGGCUACAGACGACGGAGAGCUCUUUGCGUGGGGACAUAACGGCUACAGCCAGCUUGGAAACGGGACGACCAAUCAGGGAGUCGCUCCGGUGGUCGUGGCCGCCAACCUGAUCAACAAGAAGAUCACGGAGGUGGCUUGUGGCUCCCACCACUCCAUGGCUCUGACUGACUCUGGAGAAGUGUACGCGUGGGGCUACAACAACUGCGGCCAGGUGGGCUCCGGCUCCACGGCGAACCAGCCCACGCCUCGCAGGGUUUCCAGCUGCCUGCAGAACAAGCUGGCCAUCAGCAUCGUCUGUGGUCAGACCUCGUCUCUGGCCUUGGUGGACAACGGAGAGGUGUACGGGUGGGGCUACAACGGGAACGGGCAACUCGGGCUUGGGAAUAACGGGAACCAGCUGUCUCCCUGUCGACUCGUAGGUCUGCAAGGUGUGUGUGUGCAACAGAUCGUCUCCGGCUACGCCCACUCCCUGGCGCUAACAGACGAGGGUCUGCUCUACGCUUGGGGUGCAAACACGUAUGGACAGCUGGGCACAGGCAACAAGAGCAACCAGCUGAGCCCGCUUCAGAUCCUGACGGAGAAGGAGAGGGUCGUGGAGGUCGCCGCGUGCCACUCCACCCACACGUCGGCCGCCAAGACCCAGAGCGGCCACGUGUACAUGUGGGGCCAGUGCCGCGGCCAGUCCAUCGUGCUGCCUCACCUCACCCACUUCUCUUGCACGGACGACGUCUUUGCGUGCUUCGCCACGCCCUCCGUAAUGUGGCGGCCUCUCUCCAUGGAGCACGAUGACUUCCUCACUGUGGCUCAGGCUCUUAAGAAGGAGUUCGACAACCCAGAGACCGCCGACCUCAAGUUCUGCGUUGAUGGCAAAUACAUCUACGUCCACAAAGCGGUCCUCAAAAUUAGGUGCGAACACUUCCGAUCGAUGUUCCAGUCCCACUGGAACGAGGACAUGAAGGAGGUGAUUGAGAUAGACCAGUUCUCCCACGCCGUCUAUCGCGCCUUCCUCCAGUUCCUCUACACAGACAACGUGGAGCUGUCUCCUGAAGACGCCAUCGGGCUGCUGGAUCUGGCCACGUCUUACUGCGAGAACCGACUCAAGCGUCUGUGUCAGCACAUCAUCAAGAGGGGGAUCACGGUGGAGAACGCCUUCUCUCUGCUGUCCGCCGCUGUGCGCUACGAUGCCGAGGACCUGGAGGAGUUCUGCUUCAAGUUCUGCGUGAACCACCUGACWGAGGUGACCCAGACGACUGCUUUCUGGCAGAUUGACGGCAAUCUGCUCAAAGACUUCAUCUGUCGAGCGAGUCGCUGUGGAGCCUUCAAAAACUAAAGCCGGACUGCAGGAAGCGAUGGGAACGCAUGCAGAGAGACUCCAGAUCCAGAGCAGCUUUCCUGCAAACCAUUAAAUCCAGUCUUGGAACGUUUGCGCAGWGGAAAACUUCCCCUUCUGGMCGUCUGCGUCGGCGCCGGGUCCGAACAUGAGCRAGCGUCGCAUGCAUUUUCACACUGGGAGCAGCAGCUGGUUCCCUACAGUGCCUUGCUUUUUAAUUUGCACAUAUUGUGUAGGGCAGGAGAGAGAGGAGUGCUGCUGUUGAUAUUAUUUUAGUUCAACUUAAAAGACUUUUAAGUAUUGGGUUUUGUUGUUUUUAAUUUAAGUGAAUGAAUUGGUUUAGUGACUACUUUUAUGCUUUGCAGAUUGAGACACUGUGCUGGUAGUUAAUGAGAGGAAAUUACUGAUGGUUCAUCUGUGUAGGUCAACCCCCCCACCCCCCGUUUGAGCUGUUGGUGCCUCUUAGUCUUUCUGGUAAAACAAUCCAAAGAAACUGGAGUUACAAAGAGGCCUAGGAAUAGUGCUUCAGGUUUAGUGGAUUUUAUCCAUUGAUUUGUUUCAUUAAAGUGUUUUUUUUAUUUUUUUUAUGUAGUUUUACUCACCAGGAUGAGGUCAUGGUCAGUGACAUUUAUUGAUGACUUCAUAACUGCUGACGCCAGCUUAGAUAUAUAUUUYCCCCUUCUUAAAUCUCUGAUGUACGCAUUCAACAGUAUUAGUUUUCUUUGAGUAUUAUAAUAUAUUUUUACUYAUUUCUUUGCAGGACAUUGAAAAUCAACAAUCAUUUAUCUAUUGAUACUGAAUAAGUGUCGGUAAAAUGCUUUGACCUCUGGAAACAGAUYAACAAAAAUAUUUUCUGCUUGUUAUCUAUAAACAUGUUUUACUCCUAGUCAUAUUAAAGGUAGAGCGAUAUUUCCCCCCCCCCCUACAGAUCCUCCUGACGAUGUUCCUCCAGAGAGAAUUUGACUGGGUUGUUUUUUUUUUUUCUUUCUUUCAGAUGACAUUUUUUCAUAGCGGUGCUUUAAAUGCCUCUGCUAUCAGCGCUCACUCCACUCCAAGUCUCUGUAGUUAAUUUCAUCUUUCUAACUUGAGAAAGGAAACUUUCACAAAUGAAGGGAUAAAGGAUGGAAGGUCAAGAGGGGAAGACAGAAGGAAAGUGGUUUAGGAAGUUCUAUUGGUUCAAAUCUCCACUCGGUGACUUGUCCACUACAUCCUAGGUCAAGAUGCUUUCGCCACUUUGCCAGCCGGUGGUGGCCGUAGGGCAGCAGUGGGUGAAUGACUGACGGUACCAUGAAGAGCUCUGGAGUUGGAAAAAGCCCAGUAAARGCAGYUUACCGUGUUCUCAAGGAUAGAAAGUUGGGUCACACAUGAGAACUGGAAGUGAGAAAUGAUUUAAGGACAAGAAAAAUACCAAAAUGCAACAUUUAGACAAUAGGAUGGGGAAAAAUAAGUCUGGAAAAUACUGAAAUAAAACCCCAGACUUUUCUAAAAUGUAUUUUAAUAAGAUUUUCUUUUCCAUAUUUGACCAGUUUACUAAGAGCUGAUUAGUACUACCUAACAUAAUCUUACAAAACCAUUUGUUUUCAUUUAUCAGAAAAGCUUUUCAGUAUGCAAAUUUGAAGCAGCUAUGAAGUCAUUGGAAACUCYGGAGGAGCAGCAGACACUCACAGCUCAGGUGGAAGAAUCUGUUAACGGGGAAACUUUUCGCUGUGCACUCAACAAAUUUACCCAAAUCUGGAAGAUUCUCAACUUUAGAACGGGUUGAGGUUUUCACUUUUACAUUAGAGGGUUUUUUUUUUAAUUCCCCCCCCCCAAAAAAAAAAAA